CCGGCUCCCCGGAGAAGAUGGGGAAAGUUCGGGGGCUGCGGGCCCGCGUGCAUCAAGCCGCCGUGAGGCCCAGGACGGAGCCCGCGCCGCCCGUUCCUGAGGCGGCCCCUGCUUCGGCCCCGGCGGGCGGGGCGGGUGGACGUGGGGCCCGUGACUGGGGGUUCCUUCACACCAGCAUCUUUGCUGGGACCCAGAUAGACCCGAGCGCCCUGGUGCAGAAGCUGGAGCUGGACGUGAGGAGCGUGGCCUCCCUGAGGAGAGGUGCUGAGGUCAAGGCCAUUUUGCCCAAGAAGGAGAAACUCAGGCAGCGGCGGGAGCGAUGGCUGCAGAAAAUCGAAGCCAUCAAGCUGGCCGAGCAGAAGCGCAAGGAGGAGCGGAAACGCCGGGCUAUGGUAGUGGUGGGUGACCUGCACCCCCUGAGGGACGCCCUGCCCGAACUGGAAGAGCUGGAGGCCUACUGCCCACCGCCGCCCAGGGGCAGGGUAAGCAGUGAACCCCAACCAGCCCAGUUCAGCCAGAUGAGCGCAGCCCAGAGACAGCGGCUCCUUGAGGAAGAAAGGACCCGGUUUCGGGAACUGCUGGCCAGCCCAGCCUACAGAGCCAGCCCCCUGCUGGCCAUUGGACAGCAGCUGGCCCUCCAGAUGCAGCUGGAAGGCGCUGACCAGCUGUGACCAGAGCGGAGUCCCGCAUGCUGUGAGCAUACCCUGGGCAGAGGUGCAGGGAGGCUGCACCCUUAGUGAUGGCCUCCCAGCAGGGCCUUCAACUUGCUGGAGUGGAGAGCAGCUGCUGUGUGGUCAGUGAAGCUUUCAUGACUUCUCUGCUGCCGCCCAGGUCCCCUGCAUCUUGGGGCAGGGCCCGGCACAGCUGGGAUGGUGGGUUGGCAGGGCCACACGUGUCCCACGGGGCGCUCAGGCCUGGCCUCCCCACAUCGGAGAGCAAGUGCAGGCUCCCAGCUUUGCCUGCAGAAGGAAUCUGAGAGCACAGAGGCCUGGGCGGACCACUUGGCUGAGCACCUUACAGACUCCUGCAGUAGCCCUUGGGACUCACCUGGCACCCAUGUGCUGCCCCUGGCUCACCAAGGGUGCAGAGGUCACACCUGUCCCCCUGCUGUCCCCUCAUCUACCCCACCUCAUCAGGGCUGCAGUUUCCUCAUGGCCCUUGUGGGCUGCUCAGUCGGGCCGCUCACCACCUUGUGGGGGCCGCUUGCCCAGCCCGCAGGAGAGUAGCUUCACGCUCGUAAUCAGCUCAGGGUGUGAGAGGGAGGGUCGUGUCCCUGCUGCAGGUUCUGCACUCUCUCGGCUGCUCCUACCCCUGCUGUGCAGGACCUGCUGCCCCCUGCCUGCAGGGACCCAGGCGAAGGCAGUGGUGGGGCCUGAGAGGCUCAGGACUCACACAGGUCUGCGAGGGCAGGCACCAGCACCUGCUGCCCUCCUGCUGCUGUCUCCAUGUCCCCAGCCUCGUGCCCUGGCCAGCAUGCCCAGGCUGCUCCCGCAGCAGGAUCCACAGCUUGGCAGUGUCGCCGAGGCCACAGUUGGAGCGCACAUCCCGGGCCCCCUUUCCUGGGAGAGCAGCGAGACUCUGCAGACGCUGCAUGGACACCCUGGAGGCAGCUGGCACUGAAGAGGGACAAAUGGGGGCAUGGCACCAAUCCCAAGUCUGCUGGAUCCAGCCGAGACCACAUGCCCGGCCCUGUCCUGCUGCCGCCCGCCAUGACAGCAGGUUCCCAGCGGAGGGAGCAGCCUAAAGGAGGUGUUGGUGACACCUCUUUCUACAGGAAGCACAGGACAGGGCCUUGCAUGCACAGCCUGGCCGGUGGCUCUGUCCUCAGGCUGCGCUGCUUCGUGUGUGCGGCUGUGUGAGCCAUCCCUGGCUACCUACUCUGCCAGUGACACGUGAGCUGUGCCUCGCUGCUGGUCUUAGGUGACCUGGGCCCACCUGGCUGGCAUAGCCUUUGCCUACCAUCCUUCCCUUCCUGAGCACCGGGUCCUUCCCUUCAAGGCUUGAGCUGAGGUAUGACAGUUCAGGAGGGGCCAACAGACAUGGUCCCUUGCCCAGGUCCCUUGACUCCUGUCAUCCCAGUAGCCACGGACGUGGGGGCUGCCCUGGCCCCUGAUGCACUUGCCUGCUGAGGUGUCCAUGGGACCAGGCACCCCGUGUUCCCAAGACAAAGCACACGAGUCCUCCCAUGUGUGGCUGAUCCCCGAAGCAGCCAGCGUUGGGUGGAUGCCGAGGAACUUCGCUCUUCGCCUGUGUUUUCUGUCUUUGUAGAAUGAACAUGAAUUGCUUUGUAAUAAACCUAAGUGGAAAAGUUA